AUGAUGCAUGCCCAACUCCCGUUCAAGCUCGAAGACGCCACUCUUCUCCAUGAAAGAUCCCUCCUGAAUGGACAAUGGGUUCAGGCUCGAUCAAAAGAGACCUUUGACAUCGAAGAUCCCGGCACGGGAAAAUGCUUUGCCGCCUGUCCUACAAACAAGGCCUCGGACGUGGACGCCUUCGUCGAAACAAGCCAUGAGGCAUUCAACGAAUACCGUCACGUGAACCCACGCGUUCGGGCCAAGACCCUACUGAAAUGGCACGAUCUCAUCACCGCUGCCAGGGAGGAUAUCGCUACUCUAGUCACGUACGAGACCGGCAAGCCACUGGUCGAAGCGCGUGGAGAGAUUGACUACGCUCUGGGUUUCGCCUGGUGGUUCGCGGGAGAGGCCGAGAGGGUCAGAGGGUCCAUCGCCGUUCCCUCUGUCUCCGAGCGUCGUACCUUUGUCGUCAAGCAACCCAUCGGAGUCAGCGUUGCUCUGGUGCCAUGGAACUUCCCAGUUGCCAUGAUCAUCCGAAAGGUGGCCGCUGCGCUUGCAGCGGGCUGCAGCAUGAUCGUCAAGCCGUCCCCCGAGACGCCCCUGAGCACUCUCGCCCUCGCUGAUCUGGCCCUCCGCGCCGGCGUACCUCCCGGCGUCUUUAAUGUCAUAACUACCGACAACAUAAACACACCGGCCGUCAGUGAAAGGCUAUGUAAGCACCCCUUGGUGCGCAAGGUGACCUUCACGGGAAGCACAGCUAUCGGAAAGCUCAUUGCCCGGCAUUGCACGGAGGGACUCAAGAAGGUUACCCUCGAGCUAGGGGGUAACUGCCCUUUUAUCGUCUUCAACGACGGCGACCUGGAGCAUGCAGUCGAAGCCCUCAUGAUUCUAAAAUGGCGCACUGCCGGCCAGGCCUGCACGCACGCCAACCGCGUCUACGUCCAGAGCGGCGUCUACCAAGAGUUCGCAAAGCUCAUCCUCGAGGCGACUCGGAAGAUCCGGGUCGGCCACGGUGCUGACGCGGCUACUACGAUGGGGGCUCUCACUACAUCCCGCGGCAUCGAGAAGCUCGAAAGACACAUUGCCGACGCGGUGGAAAAGGGCGGUAAAAUCCUUUGCGGCGGACGACAACCACCUGCGCGCGCGGGAGGAUACUUUUUCGAGCCGACCAUCAUUGCCGAUAUGCAUCAAUCCAUGCUGACGACGAGUGAGGAGAUCUUCGGCCCCUUACUUGGCCUUUACAAGUUUGAGACUGAGGCCGAGGUCGUCAAGGCUGCCAAUGAGACGUCGAUGGGCCUCGCUUCGUAUUUUUUCACGAGGGAUACUAAGCGCACCUGGCGCCUUCUCGAAAAUCUGGAGGCGGGCAUGAUUGGAAUGAACACAGGCAAUGCUUCGGGCGCCGAGUCGCCAUUCGGAGGAAUCAAGGAGUCCGGCUAUGGAAAGGAGGCUGGCAAGGACGUGGCUAUUGAGGAGUACUUGAUUUCUAAGACUGGCACCUUGACCGUGGGCUCCAUGUCUAAGCUGUAA